CUAUAAAUCACAGUGUUAUAUAUGGCAUAAGGCGCUUUACCACAAAUAUUUAGUUCAGUGGGUUGAAGCGGCUGGGAAAGUCUACAGGGGGCGUUUUGUCGUGCGGUGGACGAGAAGUAAUGAGGUUUAGUUCUCAGAAGUGUUCGUUCGGACCAGGGUUGGGGCAACGCUGAGCAUGGGCCGAGUUUGUCUGCUCAGGAGGCUUGGCAACUACGGCUGUGAUUCUGGCCCCCAAACAGAAGGUUUGCGUCCGGUCAACUCUUGUCGUUGGUCGUCUAGAGUUGCACAAGUGCCUCUAGACUGGGUACGUCCAUAUCACAUACAAGUAGCCUUUCCUGUCAACUUGAAGUAACUCCUCGUGUCAUAGCAACCGCGCUCUUUAAGUAGUGGCUUCUUCAUAUGGGGCGCCGCCCCUCAUACACGUUUUGAUUAAGGUUAUAGUUGCAACGGAGGCUAGGCAGCAUUUUGUCCUUAAGCCGGGGGCUUAGCGCUAGAGCAGGCCCCCGUUGCGACCAGCAUUGGCGGCCUUGAGCUUUGGGCAUACUUAUGAGCAAGGCUCUCGCACCAGAGGCUGCAAACAUGGCACGCAGCAAGUUUGAGGAGCUUAAGAAGCUGAUUGAGCAGCGGCAGCAGAUUAACUUGGAGUUGAUUGGCAAGCUCGCGAAGGCGCUAGAGAAGGUCAAGGCUGGAGCCGCGACCGCUGGCGUUAAUGCAGUUCCCGCAGCAGCCAGCAAACAGCCCGCAGCUAAGAGGUCCUCUCAGCCCGCAAGUUUUACAGGGCCGGACCCCAAGCGGCCAAAGCUUGACUCGGAGACAGACAAGAAGAUCCAGGACAUAUGGCGCAUGUGCGGAGCUGUGCUAGACUUUUUAAUGAAAAAGAAGAACGCCAUCGUCUUCCUGAGGCCUGUGGACCCGGUUAAGGAUGGCGUGCCAGACUACUUCAAGUUUAUCUGCCAUCCGAUGGACCUGGGCACCAUCAAGACUAGGCUCAGAGAGCGCAAAUACAGCGACCCGCGGGAAUUCGCGGCCGAUGUGCGAUUAGUGUGGCGUAACUGCGCUACCUACAACGCGGUCGGCACCCCGGUCCGCAUUAUGGGCGACCAGUUGUCCGAAGACUGGGAACGCAAGUGGGCCGAGUUGAACGUGGAGCAGCGCUGGGACGCGUUGGUGGCGACACGUGACCCACAGACUAUCCCGCUAGACCAGCGGAUAGCGUCAAGUGCGCGACAGCUGCUUCAGCGGGUCAACUCGGUGCACGUGCUGCCAGACGCGGACCCCUCACGGACGAUGACCACGGUGGAGAAGCGCAAGCUGAGCAUCGCGCUCAGCGAGUUGCAGGGCAACCAACUUGCGGACGUGCUCAACAUCAUCGCUGAAAACCUGAAGGACAUUAACCCGGAUGACGAGGAGGAAAUCGAGCUGGACGUUGACCAGCUCGAUAACCAGACGCUAUGGCGAUUGCGGGAGUAUUGUGACAACGCGAACAACAAGCACUCGGCUAAGCCAACGGCCCCAUCGAAGGCCGGCGGUGGUGGCGCGUCGCGGUCUGUGCACGAUAACGGGAAGCCGCACGUGAGCAAGCCAGCGGCGCGGACGGAAAGCGGCUCAGAGUCGGAUCGGUAUUCUGCGGAGCAGGACGUCAAAGGCUCGAACAUGGUCGAGCAGCCUCAAAGUAAUGGGGUCAAACUAACGGGGCAAGCACAACCAUUGGCGGGCAGUGAGCAGGGGGAUGGGGACGUAGCAUUGGGUGAAGGAAACACCGAGGCUGCAGCCGCCGACGGAAUGUGCGAGGAACCGCAAACCGGGCCAGUGCCAGACGACAGGCAGGUGGAAGAAGCCACGCAGGAAAAAUCAGCUGAAGAAGAUGCGGAAGAAGAUGCGCAGGCAGAAGGCGCAGAAGAGGACGCUAACGUUGCGAAGGCAGAAGAAGAUGGGGAGGUCGCAAAGGCAGAAGAUGAUGGGGAGGUCGCAAAGGCAGAAGAAGAUGGGGAGGUCGCAAAGGCAGAAGAAGAUGGGGAGGUCGCAAAGGCAGAAGAAGAUGGGGAGGUCGCAAAGGCAGCAGAUGACGGCGAGGACGCGGAAGGGGGCCAGGGCAGGCAAGCUGAUCCCGACGCCAUGGAAGCCGACGGGGAAGGGGGCACGGAUGCCAUUGCCAUGGCAACGGACGCCGAAGAGCCCUCCGACGCCGAAGCCGGGCGCAAGAUUGGAGGGGAGGAAGCUGCAGAUUUGAACGGGGCUGGGGCUGGGGAAACAGGUCAGCCAAACUUUGUGAAAAACCAGCGCACUGCCAUUCCGGUGGAUGAAUCGGCGACCGCGCCCAAGGACAAGUCCGCCAUUGCGACCGACAAGAAGAGCAAUAAGGACGUGGUGCUCAAUGCGUCGGCUUGGCAGGCGGCCGACGAAGAGGCGGAGGGUGGUGGCGAGGCAACUGAGGCGGGGCCCGGCGGCGAGGAGGAUGGUGACGACCUGUGGGACUCCUUCCGCAGUGUUGCAGAACGGGAAAAGCAGCAGAAAGCUGAGGAGGAGAAGCGGCGGAAGGAACUGGAGCAGGAGCGAGAACGGGAGCGCCUUCGCGUCGUUGCAGAAGCACGGCAGGCAAAAGAGGAGGAGGAGCGAAAGAUGCGAGAGGCGGAGGAGGCUGCUGCGGCCGAGGCUAAGCGGGCCAAAGAUGAGGCACGGCAAAAGGAACUUGAAGAGCUUCAGAUGCAAGCCAACACAGCGCAGGUGUACCAGCCACCGGACGCGAAGGCGUUCUCGGGCACGUUCGGGGCCAGUGGCGCGGACAUCAAUGACCUGGGGCUCAUGUACAAGCACGACGACGACGCGGAUGACGUCAAUUUCGACGACUGAGGGGGGCUCUCUUUUCGCAGUGUGGUCUUGGUAGUUUUUGUGAUUCCGCUCGGUGAAAAAGGCCCAGGCCCUACAGCCUUCGGCCGGCGCCCUUCGCCGGCUGCGAAAGGCGCCGAGCGAGCGUCCUUCUGGGUCUGAGUGCGUUUUGUAAGUGUCAUUCACGUCUUGUGCACUGCAGGGUCGUCAAGAAAAGCUUAUUUUUUUGCCCUGGGCGUGUGCUAGUACUCUAGUUUCUUGCAGUAAUGCGUGGUUCCUCGCAGCUGGAUGCCGGUGUGUCCGUCUGUUUUGUGGGCAACAAUAGUAAGGGAAGGACAGGACACACCAACUUGGAGCGGGUUUUACCCCGUGACGUCCACCACGGAAGUGCUGGCCUUAGGAAUAUGCCGGAAGAGCAUGCCACGUCGACUGGUUGUAGCUCUCUCGACCGGCUGUAGCAGGUACUGGGUAACUGGCGAGUUAAAGAUUGCGCCCGGUAUGGGCAAUGGGCAUGCACCGCACUGUACAGACGGGGAAUGCAGCCCAGACUCGGGGAAUGCAGCCAGAGACGCUUGGACCACAGCUGGACUGCCCCUUGGGCGCAGGGCCGUGCUUUACAGGGCCCUGCGGGACCUCGGCUUUCUCAGG